AUGAUAACGGCCAGCGGUGCACCGGGUUCGCUUCGGGUUGCUAUGGCUUGUCUCACCUACGAAAGUGUGAUCGGUUUGAGUUCUGUACUUAGCUAUAAGGUGCAGGUAACAAUAGUAACUAUAAAUGGACAACGCAUUCUUUCGGUGACAAAAUUUCAAACCUCGUCCUGUACUGGUGAAGGGGUUGUCUGCAUGACGUGCGAUAGCGCAUCAAAAUGUUUAUUUAUUAACGGCGAAUGGCGUCCCCAGCCUUUUGAGGAGUGCAACGAAGAACAAGGGUUUUACUGUAACGUACUCGAAGGAGGUUGUUCACAGAAUGUUGGACCUUGCAAUCCAGCCGGCCAAGAAGGAAAUUUUGUGUGUAACACUCCCGGUGUAUUUCCUGAUCCAUUUGACUGUCAACGGUAUCAUCUAUGCUAUCAAAAUCAACAAAACCUUGUGGCAAUAAAUAUGGUGUGUGAUUCUAUGGCUUUCUCUGCCGCAACGGGAGACUGUUCAGUGCCUCGAAAUGACAGUAUUUGCACAACUUUACGAUGGAAUUGUUCAAAAGCUGGAGAAAUGAAUAGUUGGCCUGAAAAUAAUAAUAUCUAUUACCUUUGUAUUGCGAAAAAGAAUGGCGUCCACGUUCUUUAUCCCCAACUGUAUCGAUGUAGUGCUAAUCAAAUAUUCAGUGACGGUCGUUGUGUGGAUAGACAGACGAUUCUCCUGCCACCUGGUGUGGAUAAUUCAUACCGUUGUGAAUCCGCUGGACUAUAUCCAGAUCCCAUUAAUUGUCGCUUCUAUUACUUCUGUGAUGUUAAUCUCAAUGCGCGACAUCUUCAAUGUCCAACAGGAACAAUUUUCCAAGCGAGUACAGUAUCGUGUGUUCUUGGAACAUGUUGA